GAGUUGACAGUCGUGGAGGAGUGCGGUAGCUAAGCUAACAGCUAGCAACACAUGUGGAGGGUACAACGGGAGGCAACCCUAACUCUGUCAAAAUUCCCCCAACCGAACCGUAAACUACUCAGAACUUUAGUCACAUCGAAUUUAAGGAAUAACAGUCGUUUACAAUGAAAGGUAGCCGGAUCGAGCUGGGGGAUGUUACGCCCCACAACAUUAAACAGUUGAAACGCCUCAACCAGGUCAUCUUCCCCGUCAGCUACAAUGACAAAUUCUACAAGGACGUGCUCGAAGUGGGAGAGCUCGCCAAGCUAGCGUACUUCAAUGACAUUGCGGUGGGGGCAGUGUGCUGCAGAGUGGACCACUCUCAGAACCAGAAGAGACUGUACAUCAUGACACUGGGCUGCCUAGCGCCCUACCGCAGAUUAGGCAUAGGAACGAAGAUGCUGAACCAUGUGUUAAACAUCUGUGAGAAGGAUGGCACUUUUGACAACAUUUACCUUCAUGUGCAGAUCAGCAACGAGUCUGCAAUCGACUUCUACCAGAAGUUUGGCUUUGAGAUCAUUGAGACGAAAAAGAACUACUACAAGAGGAUAGAACCGGCAGAUGCCCACGUGCUUCAGAAGAGCCUGCGCAGCCCUUGUGCGCCCCCUGGGGGAGAGCUGCAGAAGGCAGAGUAGCCUCUGAAAAGAGCAUGGUCGUGCCCCGCCUCCCCAAGAAACAGAACUGUGACAGAUGCCCAUGGGUCGACACAUUCACCACUUUCUUCAAAGGACGUUAAAAAGAGAAAAAACAAAUUCAAAGUUUAAAAAACAAAACAUGGCUGCAUUUUUAUUUUGCAACAAAACAAACACAUUUUGCAUUUUAUUUUUACUAUUUUUCUUCAUUUAGAAAUUUGAAAACAAAAUAAAGGAUUCAGAAUCCAAAAGUGCUCAGAAAAGCUGCUGACUUAAGACAGUUUAGCUAUGGUGGGGGGUUUCUGUGUUUGCAAAUCAUACUGUUUGAGUUGUUUUAAAUGCGGUUUGUACUAAAAAAAACGAUAGAACUGAAUAGGGAAAAUCUUUUACAGUAAGAGACUAUCGUUGACAAAGGAAGUCCAACUGGCAAACAUGGAGUGAUGCUUCUCGUCGUAAUGGUGACACGUUUGGAACACUGAACUCAUCCCCUUGUCACCUGAGCCCAGGGACUUAUGGGAAGAGUUUUUACUGGUGGAUGAGACUUACUGUUUCUUCUUCUAGCAAUAUGCAAAGUGUGAGCCUUGCGCUGUGAUGCAAUGCCCCCUAUUGACGUCAAAGCUCUGAUGCCAGUCCAAAGGGGGAAAGGAGCGCCCCACAGAACGGGCAUGAGGAAGGAUGAACGGUUUCAAGUUGUGGGGAGAUUUGAGGGAGUGGAUUCCACUCCUUGUUUCUGAAUGGUUUUGUUUCUCAACCCAUCUAUUUAAUCCCCCCUUUUAGAUCUUUUUCUUUUCAGCUCUUUUUUAAAAAUAUAUAUUGAUGCUGAUUGGCUCAGGGCUUCUCCUGGGCUUGCCACAGAUGCUGUGAGAGAGUCCAGGAAACCUUCAGAGAGAUCAGAGUGUGAGAUGGGCAAGGGUGUAUGAGAUCACAGGAAAUAACAGGUUUAUUACGAUGUUGGUGUUUUUGUCGAAGUACAAAGAUGUGACAAUGAACAAGACGUCAAGCAGGGGUUGCUUGAGUACUUGGCAGUUCCGGAACAGGAGGCGGGUCUAGGACUAGAGCAGUUCAAUUGACUGGCUAAGAUGGAGUUCUCUCAGCCUGGGUGAAGUGCAUGAGUGAGAUUGUUGUGGAUGCUUCUGUUUAGAUUGGCACUUUAUAGUUAGCUGGAGUACUGUCUGGUACUGAGGCUAACCUUUAUUGGCCCCUGUAGUAGGAAGUAGGAACCCAGCCAACUAGAUCUUUCCACAUGUAUCCUUUUUGUGUGCUUCACUCAUGACCAUUGUGGGAAGGUUGCGUGUUGGUUUGGUAGUUUCCUCUGUCUGUAGGGCCCCUUACAACAGAACCUGAAGCCCAGGAGAAACCUGCUCCACUGCAUGCUGGGAGAAUACUGCCCUCUCCACUGUAGUAAAAGCAUGUUUUGUUUUCUCCUUUUGAAAAUGAUCUUUUCUGGAGCUCUAUAUUGUAAGACUUUUUAACCUCUAAAUAAAAUAAAUGCUAUUUGCA